AGCUCGCGUCGAGAUCGCACGUUGCUUUCAAAUUCACUCUCGUGCAGACAUGGGACAGUGCUCGAGACGAAGGGAACGGAGCUUCUCGGUGUACACUUAGGCAGAAAUGGCGCGCCUCGGCGAAGUUGGGUCAGAUAACGCGAGAGAAGUCAGGUGGUUGGGACCGAGAUAUAUGUGCCACCGGGCGAACGUGCGGCCACAUCAGCCUACCAGCCCGGGAUCUCCCGGGUCCCCGGUGAGCCCCCGGUUGCAGAUCGAGUGUACACCAAGCCGAGAGUCGAGCCGACUUCGACUACGUGGGUCCACUUUUCAUGGGCUGGUGGGGUGCACUCCAGGUGGCCAUGAUGGGUGGCGGUAUAAGUAGAGGCCUGCAUUCGCCACCGUUCUCAUACCCUCACCACGUCCUUCGGCUACCUCUUACUUUUACUUAGUGCCCCUUUUUCCACUUUUUAUUUUUUUUUUUUCUUUCUCUCUCUCUCUCUCCCUUUCCCUCUCUCCCUCCUCCCCCUCUCUUUGUCUCUCUCUCGCACACAUACACACACAGGCACGUACGCUCUCACUUGAUCUUUCUUUUUCCCCAUCUAUCGGUGCGCGUUCGCAUUGCCAUUUGUUCAUUCGUUUCGCGCCUCGUCGGCGAAGUCGCGUCACGCGAAGCUGGACGGAGGUCACGUCGAGCGAGGCGCACGUACACGGUUAUACAUCCUGAGUAAUCGGUUCAUCCAGUGAAGAUAUCAACGCUACAUCGUGCAAUUGGAAGACAAGUGCCGGUCCGAGAAGAGGACGGAGAUGAUCGCGAGUGUCCGGUGACGAUAAACGUAUAAAAUAUCGGUAGUAUAUCUUCAGAGAGAAUAUAUAUAUAUCGAUAUUUUCGAAAGUGCCGGGUAUAUACCAUUAUCGAGAAAGGUUUCUGAUUAAUCUGAAGCAGCUGUUCGCGGAACGGAAGAGGAACAGGGAAAAGGGGCAGGACGAGGAAGCGAACUACUGUGUGCAGUGCAGACAUGUGGCUAAGAAGUGUGCUCCUAAUAUGCGGCGUCAUUGCGGGCACGUUAGCUGACAGUCCAUCAGAUGUUGUGCGGAUAUCCGGUGACAAUUUGACUCGAAAAAAUGUCGCAGCAACGACAUAUCAGCCACCGCGAGCAAUCACAAUUGAAGAAUUCAUGACAUCGCACAAAUUGCCGGAAAACGUCGCGAAGCCGUUGGACGACAAUGACGAAUACAUCGACGAAAAAGUAGUCGCGUUUAAAGACAAUAAGCAAGCUAAGAAAGUCGCUCAGAAAUUCGAAAACCUCGAGAAGAAAGCGGCGACACUCGAGCCAGCCAGACGUUUAGAUGUGGCCGAGGAGGACGAUUUGGAGAAUCUCAACGCUAAAAGACAAGCACGAGUCGAGCUCGAAAAUUUUAGCGACACUGGAAAGGUUCUGCAGGAAGGUAGAAUAAAGAAGAUUGAGGGCUCUAAAAGGCCACGACCGACCGAACAGGAUGAGGUUAUUCCAGGAGUCUACGUCAGCGCGGAAUAUCCAACGACUAUGCUACCCAUCCUGACAACUCCACGUGAAGCACGUAGCAAAGACAGCCUCUUCGAUUUCGUUCCUGUAAACAUUAUUCGCGAGGACAGCAAGGAUGGCCACUCGCGUUUUUUUGACACAAAUUUUGGAGACUUGGGUGACGUGAGUUUGGUACCAGCCGGUACGAAUUCUCGUAUUCAGGUAAAGAAAGGGCCAAACGGGAAGGAUUACGAAUACGAGUACGUAUAUUACUAUUACGACGAGGAGGACGAAAACAAAGCGGGUACGGCGGGUUCGGCGGUGACGAAUUCUUACGAUAUUCCCUCUAGAACAACUUCGGCGCCCAGGAGAGCAGGCGCGACCAGUAAUAGGAGCAAGUACAGCACCGUGGAGAGAUCGAGCACCGUGGAGCCCAGCAAUAACGAGGUCAUACCGAACAGAAAUGGUAAUAGAGGCAGACAACUGGUUGAAACUGAGGACGUUUCCGAGGAAAGACUGCCAGCAAACACUCGUUUUCCACCGAGAUCGCGAUCGAAUCACAACACAGGCACAACGGAGCCUUCGCGAGCUCGUAAUAACCGACCACGACCGAGUCUGGAUCUGAUUGACUCCAGCAGCUUCCGGACUCAUCAGGAGGGUCCCGAGUUUCCGCAAACCUUGCCGAAAGGUCCGGUUAGAUUCUUAGGUGUUACCCCUAAUGAAGACAUUGAAGAGAAGCAGAUUAGAAACCGUGGAAGGCCACAAAGAGUUCAAGAACCCGCCCCUGUCGAGGAAGUUAUCGAUGACGCUCCGCUACCUAGAAGACGCCUAGGCAACACGGCAUCAACUGAAACCGGAGUGGAACUGAGCAGAGGUCAACCGAUACGUUUGAGCGAGGAAGACGACGAAGAUGAGGAUACCUCAUCGGAAAGACACAGCAACAAGCGCGUAUCUUCAGAAGACAGGGCGCAAGAGAGCAGCGAGACAGGAACUUCGCCGAUCUAUCCUGUCGUCAGUGCUGACCCCACUGAUAAUCCCACAACGGAAUAUCCGUCGGUGAUGGACAAGGUUGCUCUGGACCUUUACGCCUUCCUGCAGCAGGGCCAAAACAAUCUGAUAGACUCCAGCAGUGAGGCUAGUGAAACAGCUGGAGACAGCACGACGUUGGAGUCCAGCGACGAGAUCACAACCGACCUAACAACAACAGCGGAACUUGCUGACUCUACGAUUGCUAAUGAGGCCACUAACACGACGACGACGACGACGACGACGACAACGACGACGACCGAACCGACAACCACAACGACAACGACCACGGAACCGGCGACUACCACGACUCAAGCUCCCAUAGGAAGAGGGAAAUUCCGACGACCUGGAAUUGGCGGACAAUCUAUUUCGAGAAAUAGGUUCAAGUCCAACAGCGGCACCAGCAGCACAACCGAAGCAUCCGCAGAGCCGACCCAAAGAACCCGAGCACGUUUCGGCGCUAAUGGAGCGAACGGCGGUGGGUUCAAGCGACCUCGACCGGGUGGCAGCCACAAGCCUAUCGAGGAAGACACCGUGCAGAAGGAGACCGCCAGCUCGGCGAACGCGGAGAAACCGGUAUCCGGUCGCGGCAGAUUCCGCGCGCCUUCCGGCGGCAGAAUCGCCGUCUCCACGACGACGUCGGCGCCGUCGAACGGGUCAACGGCCGCCGCGGCGGCGGCGGCGCGGCCCACCUUCAACAAGCUGAACAUCAAUCGAAGACGCGGACGGCCGACCACGACCGUGCCGGGGGGCGAGGAGCCGCAGGACGCGGCGGUGACGAAUCCCGAGACCGGCGGCCCGGUCGUCGUGCAGACCGCGUCGGACAGCGCGACCCCAAAGUCCCCUGUCCGCACGAGACUUCCCGGCGCGCCUGCGAUCAGGCCGGCCGUCAGACCGACCGGUGGCAGAGUCAACCUGAGACAAAAGCCGGGACAGACGACCACGACGACGCUCGCGCCAGAGGCCGAAGGACCCGUCGACGAGCCAGCCGGGGAAGGAACCGAGGAGGAAACUCACGAGGCACCAGCAGAAACCAGUCCUCCGGCACGCUCUACUACAUCAAAUCCUCUAAACAAGCUGCGCAACCGCAAUCGGCUGCAGGUGCAACCAAAAGCGACGACAAAACCGUCAUUGCCGCCGGCGAUCAGGAGAUCGCCGCUGCUGCCGCGACGCAAGGUAGCCGAGACUCCAGCUGCCCAAACGGGCCAGGAGGAGACCGCCUCCGAGGAAGAGACCGCCACCGCCGGCGAGACCGAGCCGACGGAGGCGAUCAUCGCCGAGACCAGCACGGCGGCCAGCACGAAGCACGAGGAGACGCGCGGUCUGAGCGGCCUCCUGGCGCCCCGACGCAGGAUACCGGCGCGACGUCCAGGUCAGAUAGUCGCCCGAGAGUAGAGAAUGACACUCCCGGUAUCCUGGACCACGCGAAUCGACCACCCACCCGAGGAUCCGAGUGACGAUUCCGAUGAAUGAAUGAUCGAGAUACGACGCAAAGAUGAUGGAAACAUAUAAAAAUUACAGAUUGAUCAACGUGCGUUUCUUAUCAUAUUACUCUCUGACCGGCAAAACGGUGUCUUAUGUGUUAUGAAAAUGGCAGGCGUACGUGUCCUUCGACGGGAACAGCUUCUUUUUCGAAAGAUCACGUUUACAGUACCAUUUUAAUUUCCCUCUGCGUCGAAUGCGACAUCCACCUUACAACAUAUUAUAUGUUAGAGCAAAUAUACAAAGUAUCUAAAUUGGUGUGCUCUUUUUAUCAAACGUUAAAUGAAAUAAUAUUAUUUCAUGAAGUUAGGUUUUAAUAUUUGUGAACGUCCCAUUAAUUCUGUAUUAAAUGUUCAAUUGUCUUCGUCAGAUUCAUUGUUAGUAAAAAUGGAAUUAGAAAAUAACGGACGUUCGUUUCAAUUGCUUACCGGAAUUACGUAUACAUUUUAGGUGAAAUAGUGAAUUAUACAUAGAUUAUAUUCAUAAUAGAUAAUCAGUGACUAUCUUAAUGAUAAUAAUGAUAUGAUCAGCGAUUUUGUUAUAUUAAUGAAUCCAUUUACUACAUGAAACCGAUUUAUAAGCACGAUAGGAAUCAUCUUCGCAUGGAUAAUAAUUAUAAUUGUAACUUAACGCAACAUAUAAUGAGAUAAAUAAGUAUUUUCAAGUCUCUAUACUGCGAUAACUAUAAUUAUCGUAUAUUUAAUUCGGCGAGUUUU